UUUUCUUUUUUUUUUUUUUCCCCUUCACACAUCAUCCGUCCCGUAUCGUACAAGAGAAACGACAGCCUUUCGGAGCGACGAGUCCCAGUUCACAGUUUACCCAGACGCGGCCGGAUCAUGCCUCUCUACUUGGUGUCGCACGCGCAGGACCUGACGGACGAGCAGCGGGACAGGCUGGCGCAGGGCAUCACGAAGAUCCACACGAGCAUAUUCACCGCGCCGUCCCUGUUCGUCAACGUGCGCUUCAGCCCGGCUUCUCAAUACGUCGGCUACGUGGGCGGCAAGCGCUCCACCGUGAGCUCCAUCACAGGCCACGUGCGACACGGACCUUCGCGCACGCAGGUCAUGUACGAUGAGUUGACGAGCAGCAUCAGCAAGCUGUGGGCCGAGACGGUCGAGAGUGACCGCGACAUACGUAUUUUCAUCAUGGGCGACAUUGUGGCUGGAUACGAGCAGGGCGUAUCUCUGCCACCGGCUGGAGGGGACAAGGUCUGGUUGAAGAACAAUCUGCCCUAUUUUGAGAAGAAGGCCGCGGAGGGAAAUCAGCAGAUGAAGGACCUACUGGAGGAGAUCAAGGAGAGGAAACUGCUAGACUGGAGUCCGGUUGCUGAUGAGAUCGUGCGCAAAGAGUAGACAUGAGGCUCCUUUCUCUGCGUAGCAAGUACUUUGUAAUCGGCAACUGAGCAUAAGAGAGAGAGAGAGAGAGAGAGAGAGAGAGAGAGAGAGAG